AUGAAGGGAGGCGGGGAGGGGAUCUAUGGCGGUUGCGUAGCUGAUCCGCGGCCGGGAACGAAGGAGGCGAAGCCAGUUCUCGGAGGUUCCGAUACGAUCGUCGUAGGCGGAGACGAUGGAAGGGAUUCUGGGCCGUGUCUGGUCGGAAAGGGCAACGGGAAGAUGGAAGAUGCGUUGGUGGUGGCGGGGGGAGGAGGAGAAGAAGGGAAAAGUUGCGGUGAUGGUUUGAGAGAUGUAGACGUUGAAGGUGUUGAGAGCAGCAGGGAGGAGAAGGAUCAGAGUGAGGAAGACGAGGAAGAGGAGAAGAAGAAGCCGAUUUUGGUUGAAGGAUUUGUCUGA